AAAAUUUAGAAAACGCAGCAAAACAGAAUAAAGAUAACAGCUACGAAUAAUCGUGCAAUGAGAAACCGUCACAAUACUCCACAAGAAAACUACGAAAGUCAAACGAAAACAAAUACGAUAGUUUUGCAAAAACUAAGGAUUGCGGGACUGUAAAAAAUUGUGCUUAUUUUGUUAAAAGUACUCCAAAAAUAGUUUUUGUGUUGCAAAUAAGAACAUACCUUAUUCUGACCUCCAACCGGACUAGGCUGAGGACUGGUUAAUUCACAAAUGUCACAAAGUGUUGCUCCAAUACCACGUCGAAGUGGGGCCGCAGAAACUCCAAGAUUCGGCGAUGCUACAGAAUGGGAAGCGCGCGAGGCUCAAAGGCAACGCGAGCUGGACGAAGCAAGGGCCCGAGCUGCCCAAAUGGAAAAGACUAUGAAAUGGUGGUCAGAUUGCACAGCCAAUUGGCGCGAAAAAUGGAGUAAGGUACGCACCGAACGUAAUAAAGCUCGAGAAGAAGCCAAACAGUUGCGCGCCAACCUUGAUAUGUCUAUGAAGGAAGCGAAUUCAUACAAGCGAGAGAAAAAUGAUCUCGAGAUGCAGAUCUCCCAACUUAAAAAGGAAAUGGAAAAGGUUCAUACACUUAUGAUGAAGCACGCCGAUCAAUUUCAUAAAGCAGGUAUGUGCGAUGUUUCUGAAGAUGCUGAGGCGAAUGGACGUGAUGCUAACUGCUCGCCAGAUAUUUCGUCUGAUGGUUUAAAAAAUGUAAACAGCGAAGAUGGAUUGGUUACCAAGGCCAUUUGCAAUGAUAUGAAAGAUUUGGAUAUUGAGGAAUAUGUGCUGAAAGGCGCCGUACCGAAAAGUGUUCCUGACAUGGGUAACGAUUUAGAUGAUGUAUUGGCCGAAGAAAAACGUCUGAUUCAGCAGCUAUCUAAAGACGAUUUCGAUGAAGAUUAUUUACUGCAAAAAAUCUCGAUGCUUCAAUUACGUUUAGAUGAAGCGCAGAAAACGGUGCAAGCAGAAAGAGAAGAAAAAAAUAUUUUACAUAAGACAAUCGAAAAGUUAACAUUAGAACUACAGGAAGUACGUGAACGUCAAGAAGAGAUGCGUCUUGCUAAGCAGGAAGCUGUACGUGAAUUACUCACAUUACAGGAACAACACCGUGCCGAAAUGCGUAUAAUAAAUAAUUCGUUGCAAGAAGAAACUGCGUCCCGCGAAAAUCUUGAAAGACGCUUGGCUGAGCUCCGUACAGAGUUGGAACGGCUACAAGCCGAAAAUGCUUCUGAAUGGGGUAAACGCGAACGGCUCGAAACCGAAAAACUUGCAUUGGAACGCGACAACAAAAAAUUACGCGCUGAAGUUCGCGACUACCAAGAGCGUUCCGAUCGCAAGGGGCGUCCAAUGCAGGCAAAUGAUGUUGAAGUGCGUGCGCUUCAACAAGAGCUAUCGGAACGAAAUAAAGAAAUAGGUGAAAUAAAACUAUCACAUUCCAAAUUAAAAAAGCUUUUAGCUGAAACUAAUACAGAACUGGGACAUGCUGUGCGGCGGGCAGAGCAAUAUGAAGCUGAGGUAAAGCGCCUCCGUCAACGUGUCGAAGAAUUGAAACGUGAAUUAGCCGGCGCUGAGGACGAAUUAGACUCGGCUGUGAAUCAAGUACGUCGCUUACAACGCACCAACGACGAAUUGGUUGGUCAAACUGAAGGGCUGCAAGUGCAAAUACAACAUUUACAAACAAGGCGUGCACCUAGUCCUCCGAUGCGCACUGUCGGCGGUGUGCAAUUGCGCAACAAGAUCGCUGUAGAAAUUCCCAGCGAAUGCUUGCCCAACAUAAAUGAUUUACGUCAGAUUUUCGAUGAUCAACCAGCUGGUAGUCGUCAUAGUCAUAAUGCGGGUAGUAGUUUGCCAAAUGGAGGAGGUGGCGGCGUCGAAGCGGGCAUUCCGAAACGUUCAAGUCACACUGAACGUACUUUGAUGCAACAAACAAGCACUUUUUUCGAUGCUAAACCAUCACACUUGGAAGAGAAUAUAUUUGAAUCCAAGUCGCGAAAUCUCGAAUUUGAGCGUGCCAAACAAAAAUUUGAUAAUCCAUCGCAUCUACAGCACCAACAUCAUCACCACCAGCGCGAGCAACGUGAACGAUCAUCGGGUAGAUUUGCUGGGGCUCCAACUGGCCAACAACAACAACAACUACUACAACAGCAGCCGAUUGGCGGUAAUCGCUCCAAUCUGGCAUUGCCGCUAAAAACCACCAACAGCUCUGGCAUGAGCUUGGGCGGUGGUGGAGGUGGAGGUGGUAAUGGCAGUGCGAGUUUGAAUUCGAAUUCCAAUGCGACUUCGAAUUCAAAUCCUAAUAUAACUAAAGAUGAGAUAAAUCGCCAAUUAUUUAAUGAUGAUCAUUCGCAUUCUUCGACGUCUGGUGGUGGCAGUGUUGGUGUAGCAGGUGUAGUUGGCAUUUGUGGCACUGCUAGUGCCACUAACACUGGCCAAUAUACUAGAAAAGAUGCUUGUGGUGGUACUGGAGGUAGUGUUGGUGGUAGUUAUGCAAGAAACAGUAUUAAUUUAGAUGGACUCAAGGUGUCCGACGACGAGACACCGUAAUUACGGUUCAACGAGUUUAUUGCUGGACGAUGAAACUGAAGGCAACAGUGACGAGGGCAUUUAAAUCGUCAAUAAUUUGAUCUGAUCUUAAAUACUUAUUUUACAAUACGUAUAUUAUACAAAUACAUACAUAUAUGUAUUUUUUAGGUAAUAAG